AUGGCCGACAAUCGAAAAGUAGGAGUACUGGGCGGUGGCCAGUUGGGUCGCAUGCUGAUCGAAGCCGCAAAUCGGUUAAACAUACAAGUCAAUGUCCUGGAUGUCGCGGGAUCGCCAGCAAAGCAGAUAUCAACGCAUGACGGCCACAUUGAGGGAUCUUUCAAAGAUGCAGCGGCUGUCAAGAAACUCGCUGAAUCAUCCGAUGUCGUUACUGUCGAGAUUGAGCACGUGGAUACCCAUAUGCUAGAAGAGGUCUCUGGACAAGUCGUCGUUGAACCUAGCUGGAAAACACUGCGGACCAUCAAGGACAAAUACGCACAGAAGCAGUACCUGAAAGAGCAUGGAGUUGACGUUGCGGACAGCAUCGAUCUGGAGGGAAAGGGUGUUGCGGGGUUGAAAGAGGUGGGUGCAUCAUAUGGUUAUCCCUUCAUGCUCAAGAGUAAGACGGAGGCGUACGACGGCAAGGGAAACUUUGUGGUGAAGACUGAGGCGGAUGUUGACGCUGCAUUCGAGGCCCUGGGAAAGAGGCCACUAUAUGCCGAACGAUGGGCAGACUUCAGGAUGGAACUCGCAGUCAUGGUUGUCAAGACAAAGGAUGGCGUACUCACAUUCCCUACAGUUGAGACUGUACACGAGGAUAGCAUUUGCAAGCUCACAUAUGCGCCGCCACGAAACGUAGCAGAGGAGGCCGCACAAAGAGCCCAAGAACUUGCCAAGAAGGCUAUCGGUGUUUUCGAAGGAAAGGGAGUCUUCGGCGUCGAGAUGUUCCUGCUCAAAGACGACAGCCUACUCAUCAACGAGAUCGCACCCCGUCCGCACAACUCAGGCCAUUACACCAUUGAAGCCUGCCCCAUCUCUCAGUACGAUGCGCACUUGCGAGCUAUUCUUGAUCUGCCCAUCUCCCAGUCCAGUCUCCGCCUCCGCGAACCCUCAAUCAUGCUUAACAUCCUCGGCGGCAAGACUCCAGACUCCCAUGUUCAGGUCGCAAAGAAAGCUCUUGAGUCACCAAAUGCAUCGAUUCAUCUCUAUGGUAAAGGCGAUGCACGUCCCGGACGUAAGAUGGGUCACAUCACCAUCACAGCGCCCACACUCGCAGCCGCAGAACGCGAGAUCCAGCCACUCGUUGACUUCGUCGACAACCAAAAAGGCAAGAAUGUCGAAUCGCGCAGUUCUGAAAGCUCCAAAGAAGAUCCGCUCGUUGCUGUUAUCAUGGGCUCAGAUUCUGACCUCCCUGUCCUCCGCGCCGGUCUGGAGAUCCUCACCAAGCUGCAAAUUCCCUUCACAACACGCAUCACCAGCGCCCACCGAACACCCGACUGGCUACGAGAGUUUUCCAAGACCGCUUCUCAGACCUCUCUGAAAGUGAUCAUCGGCGCAGCGGGCGGUGCAGCCCAUCUGCCUGGUAUGUGUGCGUCGUGGACUACACUUCCAGUCAUUGGACUUCCUGUCAAGGCGAGUGUGAUGGAUGGCUGGGACAGUCUUGUCAGCAUGACCCAGAUGCCGCGCGGUGAGCCUGUUGCUACGGUCGGUAUCAACAACUCGACCAAUGCUGCGCUGCUUGCUGUUCGUAUCCUUGGUGCUGAGGACAAGACGAUCCGCGAGAGGCUGAGGGUCUGGAUGGAGGGUAACGAGAAGGAGGUUAUGCGCAAGGACAAGGCCCUGCUAGAGGAUGGCUGGGAGGCAUACUUAAAGGGUAUGGGCAAAUAG